AUGAGCAGUUUAGGCAACAAAUUUGUAAAAAUUGAUAAAAUUAUCAAGAAAAGCAUCCUAAUUGAAGAUGGAAAUCCUGUUCGAUACCGUCUGAAACCGAGAGAAGACCUCACUGAUGAAUCUGAACCAUAUAGAAAAAUAACAUUUGGGGAGAGAGACAAAAACAAACCUCAUAAAACGAUUCUGAUGGUGGGAGAAACCGGCACAGGAAAAACAACUCUGAUCAAUACUAUGAUCAACUUCAUCUUACGUGUUCAGAGAGAAGAUAAAGUUUGGUUUGAGAUCACAGAUGACCAGAGUGACCGAACAUCAGCUCACAGUCAGACUUCAGAUGUCACUGUAUAUGGUGUAUAUGCACAGGAAGCUUUAGUCGAUUUAACCAUCAUUGACACACCAGGAUACGGAGACACACGUGGGAUUGAGUUUGAUCAUGAGAUUAAAAUGAAGCUGCUCAGUUUAAGCAAAUCUGCAGAAAUUCAUGAAAUAGAUGCAGUGUGUCUUGUGAUUAAUUCAACACAAAAUCGACUCUCUGACAGACAACGAUACAUAUUUGAUGCAGUUGAGUCUUUAUUUGGCAAAGAUAUUGCUGAAAAUAUUGUCUUGCUCUUCACACACUCAACUGGAGCUCAUCCUAAAAAUGCCCUGAUGGCCGUUAAAGAGGCGAAAAUCAAGUGUGCUGUAAAUGACGAGAAUCAGCCCGUGUAUUUCCUGUUUGACAACUGUCAAGGAGAGACAUUUGAUGAAGAAAUGAGACAGGAACAAUCAUGGAAACUCAGUUUUACAGGAAUGGAGAGAUUUUUCAAGUUUCUUGAUGAAGUACGAACAAGAACCUUAAAGAUGACUCAACAUGUUUUACAGAAAAGGAAGCUGUUGGAGAAAAAUAUUUCUAAACUAAAAUCAUGUGUUCAAAAACAAAAAGAGCUGAAACAGACUCAAGAAGUUCUGGAGAAACACAAGAAAGUUGUUGAGGUAAAUAAGAACUUUGAGUAUGAAGUUGAAGUGAAAUACAAAGAAAAGGUUGAUAUUGAUCCUUCUAGAGCCAAAGAGGCGAUGUGCUGCACCAUCUGUGAGGAGAACUGUCACUAUCCAGGAUCCAGUUGGGUCAAAGAUCUCAUAUGGGGUAGUGUGAUGAAGAAUGAUCACUGUACAGUGUGCACAAAUAAAUGCCACUACACCAAACAUAUCAAAGAAGCAAAGAUAUAUGUAACAAAGACAAAGAAGGAGAAGAAAACAAAUGAAAGAUUAAAGAGAGAAUAUGAUGAUAAGAUUCAUGAUGUUGAGUCUGUAGUUAAAAAACUGGAAGAAGAACUGCAAGAAUUAGAGAAAGAGAAGAUAAAGCUGGUGAUUGAAGCGUAUCAUUGUGUUGAAUGUCUGGAGAUGAUCGCCCUCAACACUGAUUCUCUGUUCAUUCUUCAGCACAUUGAUUUUCUCAUUGAGAAGUUGAAGGAAAUCAAUGAACCUGAGAAAGCUGAAACACUGAAGAACAUCAAGAAGAGAGCAGGAGAUGUUAACAUCGGAGCACUGGGAUACAUGAAAAAAUAUUUUUAAGAAAUGAAUAAAAAAUAUGAAAAAGCAUUAAAACAUAAUCAGAAAAUUGCAUUCUUAUUUAAAUAGAAAAUGAUUUCAUGA